CAGCCAGCGGUUCCGACCGUAGGCUCAUUUUAUGCGAAUGUUGAAUAGCUGCUAAGGUUGCCUCGAUCUAAAAAUGGCGGCUAAGAAGACGUGUUCCUUUUACCGCGAAUUGAAUAAUUUGAGCACUGCCGAUUUUUUUAAUGAUCAAAAGAGGCUGAAAUCAUCAGCCAAGGGACCAUAUUAUGAGGUGGAACGUGUGAUUUCAAAGAGAAACCGCAAAGGCAAGGUUGAAUAUCUUGUGAAGUGGAAGGGCUACGGCUCCCUCUCCAACACUUGGGAACCAGAAGAAAACCUUAAUUCGUUGGCACUGAAAGCAUAUUUAAACCCAAAGCCUACCCAGGAGUUAAUUAGUUCAAGUGUGGAUGCCUUGCAUGCUGCAAUUUUGGAAAACCUUGCCUCAAAGAGUUUAUCUCCAACAAUCAUUCCAUUCAGGCAUGAUGUUUUCCAGUAUCUUUUCAGGGGAAAGGGGAAAAAAAGCCAAGACUUUGGAAAUGUACUGUUGGAAAAACAGGAUUUUUCCAACUGCUCCCUUCCAAUUGAUUGGGACAGACUUUUAGAUAGCUUGGGGGAUGGAACACUAGUUGAAUUUCCUAUAAAAGUGCGGCUAUUUAUGUCAAGAAGCCCUAAAAACCAUACUGUGAGCAAGGAAAAAGCAAUAAUAUCAUCGCCUAGGUAUUUUAUUGAAAAACUAAGCAUUAAUUGUAAGAAAAAGCCAUUGCGUGUUUCUGCAAAUUAGUUUAUUUAUAUAUGUGUAAAUGGUUUUGUGUACAAUAUCA